CCUCCCUUCCCGUCGAGACUCCGAAUCAGAGUCCCACACCCAAAGAACGAAACUCAACAAACAGAAUCUCAAACUCAACUUCAUUUGUAUCUUCCAGAUCAGUCCAUCAGGGUUGAGCACUUUGCUCUGAUUCCCGCAGGACAGGCUCUGAAUGUUUAGAGUGCUCUGGAGUCUUCCAAACUACUGAGGGACUAAGAAGAACAGCUUCAUGUGCCCUGACAAAUGACCCACAAACAGUUCGGUGGAUGUAAGAGAAGAUGAUGAACGUGAAAAAUCACAGCUUCUUUCUGGGGAUUCCUCUUUAUGGCUCUUUAGAACUUAUCGGCAGCAAUAGGGAGAUUUUUUAUUUAAACAAAAUUUUGUUGCCGAAAAGGGAUAUUCGCAGAUGCAUUAUAUCUGCUCAACAAAGUCGGCCGGUGAACCAAGUUUUCAGUUUCUCGCGCUUUUGCUGGGGAAAUGUGGAGUCAAUGAGGAGAGACCUUGUCUCAAAAAAUCAGUCGAGGUUGAAAUGCUUCAAGAAACCAUUUCCUCCAGGCAAGGCUCUGGAGAGUUAUUUGACCUCUUUGUGGAAUAAAGGGUUGCUUUUAAUUAGGGCCUCUGUUUAUACAGCUAUUAUCUUUGGGAUAUGUCUAUUGGCAUGGUAUGGGCAGGGUAAAUCUAAGGGUUUUAUUGAAGCUAAACUAUUGCCUUCUGUUUGCUCUGCAAUCAGUGCACGCAUUCAGCGUAGGCUUGAGUUUGGCAAGGUUAGAAGAAUCUCACCAUUUAGCAUUACAUUGGAGUCAUGUUCAGUUGGGCCACAUGAGGAAGAAUUUUCUUGCGGUGAGGUUCCCAUAGUUCAACUUCGUCUUCAUCCUUUUGCAAGUCUAAGGAGGGGAGAGCUGGUUAUUGAUGCAGUUUUGUCGCGCCCAAGUGUCCUAGUAGUGCAAAAGAAGGACUAUACUUGGUUAGGAAUUCCAUCAUCUGAAGGUGGCAUGCGGAGGCACUUUUCAACCGAGGAAGGGAUUGAUCAUCGUACCAGAAUUAGGAGGCUUGCAAGAGAGGAAGCAGCUUUUCGGUGGGCAAAAGAAAGGGAUGAAGCAGCAAGAAAAGCUGCAGAGAUGGGUUACAUAGUUUCUGAGAGGAUUUCUACUCUAUCUGAGGGUGAUGCUUCGGAGGCGAUUGCUGCUCAAUCAGCAGAAUCAAAGUCCGAAUCCGUCUAUUGCCUGAAUCAGGGGAAGCAUGACCGUCAUUGCAUGGACUCAGGUAUUGAUUAUGACAUAAAACAUGCGGAUUUGGAAAGAUCAUUUGGUGUGAAAUUUCCAAGUUCAGGGCUUCAAGUUCGGCCUAGAGAAAUGCAAAGACGUAGGACUCCCAAGUUGAAGAAUAAGGUCAACGGGAGUGGUAGUACUGCCUCUGUUGUUGCUAUGAAAAUAAAGAUUCUUGAACGGAGUUCGUUAGCAGCUCAUACUUACUUUCAAGGUCAAUUACACAAGGAGUCUGUGGAGACUAUAUCGCCACCAGGUAGUUCUGAUUUUGCGAACCAGGAUACUUUUCUGGUGAAGAGCGAUGUUGAAAAUAAUGCAAAAUAUGUUAUCAGUGGUGAUGAAACAAGAAAUGAUGAUAGAAGAAGAGUAACGGAGGUCGGAGAUCAUGGUGUUAGGACUCCUUCUCUAAAUGCAAAUGUUAAUGUGCAUUCAGAUUCUCCAAAACUUGUUCAGGAUCCAGUGUUGCAGACAGGAGUUCGUAAGUUUGAAAAUUUACAAUCUCAUGGGGAUGUUGCAGAGCCUGCAAAUACUUAUAGUUAUUUGGCCAAAGAGGAGAAGUUGGGACCUCAUGUUGCUCAUAGUCAAAUUAAUGUUAAGUCCAAGGGCCAAAGAAAUUUGUCAUCUGAAGAUUCAGUCUUUACGAACCCUAGGCCUCAUCUGGAAACAUAUCUUCAAUUUCCAAUUGAUCUCAUUUUUAUGAAAUUUGGUUCAAACUUAUUCUUUAGAUCUAUGGAGUUCUUAUUUUGCUGUCUCUCUGGUUCUAUUAAAAAAUUCAAGUCUCACAUGGGCCUCGAAGUUGAAGAUAGUGUUUAUGAGCAUGUUGGUAUGGCUGAUUUUCGUCGUUCCGAAGACACAGGGUUUUUUUCAGUUACACUUGAUUCUGUUCAUAUCAGAGAUGCUACAGUGAUGCUACUUGCAUACGGUGACAGGGAAGCUAGGGAGAUAGAAAAUGUCAACGGGCACGUGAAGUUCCAAAACUGCUAUAGCCGUCUGCAUGUUCAACUUGAUGGUAAUUGUAAGACAUGGAGAUCAGAUAUUAUGUCUGAAGAUGGUGGCUGGUUGUCUGCUAAUAUCUUUGUGGACACUAUUGAACAGCAAUGGCAUGCUAAUGUAAAAAUUGAUAAUCUGUUUGUCUCGCUAUUUGAAAGGAUCCUAGAAAUUCCAAUCACAUGGUCUAAGGGGAGGGCCAGCGGUGAGGUUCGCCUAUGCAUGUCGAGAGGUGAAACAUUUCCAAACCUUCAUGGACGACUUGAUUUAACGGGGGCGGAUUUCCAAUUAUCGGAUGCUCCAUCAUGGUUUUCUAACAUUUCAGCAAGUUUACUUUUUCGUGGUCAAAGAAUAUUUUUACACAACGCUAGUGGAUGGUUUGGAAGCAUUCCUCUAGAAGCAUCAGGAGAUAUUGGCAUCCAUCCUGAGGAAGGAGAAAUUCAUCUUAUGUGCCAGGUUCCUGUUGUUGAACUAAAUGCCUUGAUGAGAACUUUUAAGAUGAGAUCUCUCUUGUUUCCUCUGGCGGGUUCAGUAACUGCUGUUUUCAAUUGUCAAGGCCCACUGUAUGCUCCUGUAUUUGUAGGUAGUGGAAUGGUUUCAAGGACCUUCUCUCAUAUAAAUGUUGACACUCCUGCAUCUGCAGCAUCUGAAGCACUUGCUAUCAGUAAAGAAGCUGGCGCAUUGGCGGCUUGUGAUCGUAUUCCAUUUUCAUAUGUAUCUGCCAAUUUUACUUUUGACACUGAUAAUAGUAUUGCUGAUUUAUAUGGAAUAAGGGCAAGCCUUCUAGAUGGUGGUGAAAUUCGUGGGGCAGGAAAUGUUUGGGUAUGCCCAGAGGGUGACGAGGAUGAGGCAGCAAUAGAUGUGAAUUUCUCUGGAAGCUUGCCAUUUGACAAAAUUAUGCUUCGUUAUAUACCUAGCUAUCAUCGUUUGAUGCCGUUCAAAUUGGGCAAUAUAAAUGGAGAAACAAAAUUGUCAGGAUCUCUUUUAAAACCAAGGUUCGAUAUAAAAUGGACUGCACCUAAAGCAGAAGGGUCAUUCAACAAUGCCAGAGGAGAUAUCUUUAUAUCACAUGAUUCUGUAACUGUUGAUUCCUCUUCAGCUGCAUUUGAUUUGUUUAUGAGAGUUCAAACAUCAGAUGUUGAUGGUUUUUCUCCUGAGAGAAGUGAAUUUUCUGCAGCUAGAACCAUUCCAUUUAAUAUUGAUGGAGUUGACUUGGAUUUGCGUAUGCGUGAUUUUGAAAUGUUUAGUUUGGGAUCUGCUCUUUCAUUUGAUUCUCCAAGGCCAUUGUAUUUGAAAACAACCGGAAAGAUUAAGUUUCAGGGAAGGGUUUCAAAACCUGGAAGCAGUACCACUGAACAAACUUCUGUGAAGAAAGGGCGGCAAGUGCUAGCAUUGGAGGAAAGAAGCCAAGAUAGUCUUGUUGGCAAUGUUCUAAUAUCUGGUUUCAAACUUAAUCAAUUAAUGCUGGCACCUCAAUUAUCUGGGUUUGUGAGUGUUUCUCCAAAGCAUAUCAAGUUGGAGGCUUCUGGUAGGCCUGAUGAAAGUCUUGCAGCGGAGUUUGUUGGGCCAUUGCAGGUCAGUCGUGAAGAUGGCCUAAAUCUUGGAAAACUGCUGUCCAUUUCCCUUCAGAAGGGGCAACUGAAGACUAACAUUUGUUUUCAGCCACUUCGUUCAGCUAACUUAGAGGUACGGCAUUUUCCACUUGAUGAGUUGGAGCUUGCUUCUCUCAGGGGAAUCAUAGAAAAGGCAGAAAUUCAGCUUAAUUUUCAGAAAAGAAGAGGACAUGGUGUCCUAUCUGUCCUUAAGCCAAAAUUCAGUGGUGUGUUUGGUGAAGCCCUUGAUAUGGCAGCAAGAUGGAGUGGAGAUGUUAUCACUUUGGAAAAAACUGUUCUGGAACAAAACUACAGCCGUUAUGAAGUUCAAGGUGAAUAUGUGUUGCCUGGCGUUCAUAGCCCUGUUGAUGUAAAAGGGGGUGGCUUUCUUAGAAAGCCAAUGUCGAUGCAUCUUAAUAGUGUCAUAUCCUCAUUGGGAAGGUGGAGAAUGAAACUUGAGGUUCCUAGAGCUGAGGUUGCAGAGGUGCUUCCUCUUACAAGGUUUUUUUCUCGGAGUAUGGACCCUGCUGUCUGUUCAAGUUCAAAGGAUCUAUUCAUUCAAAGUUUGCAGUCAGUGGGAUUAUAUGCUGACAACCUACAAGAACUGCUUGAGAUGAUUAGGGAGCAUCAGGCUCCAAAGAAUGACGUUCUUGAAGGUUUGAACCUGCCUGGUUUAUCUGAAUUUAAAGGCCGCUGGCAUGCCUCAAUUGAUGCUAGUGGUGGUGGAAAUGGAGAUACCCUGGCUGAAGUUGACUUUCAAGGUGAGAACUGGGAGUGGGGAGACUAUAAAUCUCAGCGUCUCUGGGCUACUGGUGCUUACAGUAAUGAUGAUGGUCUGCACCUUGAGGAAUUUUUUAUCCAGAAGGAUAAUGCCACCAUCCAUGCAGAUGGGACUUUGUUAGGGCCAAAAACCAACCUUCAUUUUGCUGUCUUAAAUUUUCCUGUUAGUCUGGUCCCAACUGUAAUUCAGGUCAUUGAAUCUACAACAACAGAUGCCGUUCAUUCUUUGCAGCCAUUAUUGGCACCAUUUAGCGGUAUAUUGCAUAUGGAAGGAGAUCUUCGAGGGACUUUAGCAAAACCAGAAUGUGAUUUGCAAGUAAGGCUACUGGAUGGUGCCAUUGGUGGAGUUGAUCUUGGAAGGGCAGAAGUUCUUGCUUCUUUAACCCCAUCCUGUCAUUUUCUUUUCAAUGCAAAAUUUGAACCUAUGAUCCAGAAUGGGCAUGUACUCGUUCAAGGAAGUAUCCCUGUUUCUUUUGUGCAAAGUAACAUGUCAAGUGAAGAUGCAGGAUUUGAUAAAAAUCUGGUUGAUUGGGCUGGACACUGGAUGGAGAAGAAUAAAGUGAUGACUGAUGAUGCUAUAGACAAAAAAGUUUCUAGGGAUAGAAACGAAGGUUGGAACACUCAAUUAGAUGAAAACCUUAAAGGUUUACACUGGAAAAUUUUAGAUGUUGAAGAAGUCAAGGUUGAUGUCGACAUAAUUGAUGGGGGGAUGAUGUUAUUAACAGCUUUAACUCCUUAUGCCAGUUGGCUUUAUGGCAAUGCUGAUAUCAUGCUUGAGUGUAGAGGCACAGUUGAUCAACCUAUUCUAAAUGGAUAUGCAACAUUCCAUAGGGCCUUGAUAUCUUCUCCGGUGAUUAGAAAGCCACUGACCAACUUUGGUGGAACUGUUCACAUCAAAUCAAACAGGUUAUGCAUCACUUCAAUGGAGAGUAGGGUAAGCAGAAAAGGAAAAGUGCUUGUAAAAGGGAACCUUCCCCUCAGAACUAGUGAACCAGCCCUUGAUGACAAGAUUGAGUUGAAGUGUGAACUUAUGGAAGUACAGGCAAAAAAUUUUAGCGGUCGGGUUGACUCUCAGGUGCAAAUAACCGGUUCCAUAUUGCAACCAAAUAUAUCUGGGAAUAUUCAAAUUAGUCACGGAGUGGCGAAUUUGCCUCAUGAUAGGAGCGCUGUUGCUGCUGCUGCUACAUUCCCAUCAAAUCAGUAUAUGCUUCCUACUAGUGAAGUCAGCCAAGUUGUUCCUUCAAGAUAUGUUUCACAGUAUUUCCACUCAGAGCAGGCUGCCUCAAGGAACAAACUUCCUCAGUCCUCUGUCAGGUCAACUCAAGUGGAAAGGGACAUGGAGCAAUUGCAAAUUGAACCAGACAUGGAUAUACGCCUUAGUGACUUGAAACUCACGCUUGGACCCGAGUUGAAGAUAAUAUAUCCUUUGAUACUUGAUUUCACCGUAAGUGGGGACCUUGAGUUGAAUGGCCUGGCCCAUCCAAAAUGUGUAAAACCCAAAGGCAUCCUGGCAUUAGAAAACGGCGAAGUUGGUCUAGGUGCCCCACAGGUGAGGUUAAAGAGAGAGCAUAUAAAUAUUGCUAAAUUUGAGCCUGAAUAUGGACUAGAUCCCAUACUAGAUUUAGCUCUGGUUGGGUCUGAAUGGCAAUUUAGAAUUCAUGGUCGAGCAAGCAAUUGGCAGGAAAACCUUGUGGUGACCUCAGCUCGCUCUGGGGAACAGGAUGCACUCUCCCCUAUUGAGGCUGUCAGGAGGCUUGAGAGUCAUUUGGCGGAAUCCAUUCUCGAAGACAACGGUCGGCUUGCAAUCAACAAGCUUGCAACCGAAACACUCAAAAAAUUGAUGCCAAGAAUCGAAGGGAAGGGAGAGUAUGGGCAAGCAAGGUGGAGAAUAGUGUAUGCGCCUCAGAUCCCUAGUUUGAUGUCUGUUGAUCCUACAGUGGAUCCUCUCAAGUUGCUUGCCAAUUCUAUAUCAUUUGGUACAGAAGUUGAGGUCCAGCUUGGGAAACGUCUUCAGGCCACGAUUGUUAGGCAAAUGAAAGAAUCAGAGAUGGCUGUGCAGGGUACUUUGAGCUAUCAGCUUACAAAUCGCUUGAGACUGCUGCUACAAUCUGCUCCAUCCAAGCGCCUUCUUUUUGAGUAUUCUGCUAUAUUACAGGAUUAAUUGUUUAGCUUCCAUAUAGCUUUGAAAGACAUAUGCCGUUGGCAAAAAAAUAACAAAGACAGAUAUAUGCCAAUGUAAGUUGAACUACAGCACUUGCCAGUUGGCAGGAUACCGCAGAUUGAAUAAAUCCUAUUCUAACUUUAGAUUUACAUUCACAAAUUGUUAAAACGGAAGGAUUGUGGGUGCCUCUUUUGGGAAUAUCCAGAGUAGAGUAGUUGAUGAUUCUUUUGCUCUCA